ACAUUGAAAAGCAUGGCUAGGGCAUCCAAGAACUACUAAGAGGAAAGCAGAUUCUAACGAGCGUCAGCUUCUGUUUGCAGUUUUAACAGGUCAAUUAGUGAAGAAGUGGAGCCUGCCAUGACAGGUGGCUAUUUGUGGUUCGCCCCAGAUCACCAGUCAGCUGCUGACGUGGUUCUGUAUCUCUAUGAAUGCUUGGCCUACCCUACUCUUAUCUCCCUCUCCCUCUCCCUCUCCCUCUCCUUCACCGUCAUCUCUUUUUCCGGGGCCUCUCUUUACGUGUUCUGUGUCCUCCCCACACCCUUCUCCCGAAGGGCCCUUCCGCAGACAGCUCAGGGGGUUUUACAGGCGUUCUGUGCAGAUCUUUGAUUUGGGAAGAUGAAUCGCUGCGCGUAUCAGCAGAGCGUCUCGGCAACCUGUGACGUGGUUUGCCCAAAACCACGUCGUUUUGGUCCAUUCAGCCCCGCCAUCCACGACCAUAUCCCACCUUGGAGAUAUCAUAUCAAUAAUAAUUACCCAGCGGAGAUUUCUGAUUCAAAAGCAGGGGUGGAACUUCUCGACACAAUUCUCACGAAGGGGAAUUCUGGUGCGGAGAAAUCGAAUAAUUUUCCGGCGGCAUCAUCUCCCCCCUUUUUCUGUGGCUCUCCGCCGAGCAGGACGUCGAAUCCUGUAAUCCUAGACGCCCAAUUCAACAACGAGAAGCUCGAGCCGCCUCCCGCGGCAGCGCCGCCCCUCGCAACGUCUCCGUCCGCCGCUCGCAAAGGCGGCGGCUGUGUCCGUGUGAGCUUCGGGCCCAAGCCUCCGGCGGCGAGAAUCGAAGGGUUCGAUUGCCUCCGCGGGGAUAGACAGAACCGCAGCAUCUCCGCGGUGGCUUGAAGAGCACCAAGCCAUGUGAAGCUGAAGGUACGGGAGAGGAGAAAGUGAUCUUGGGAGAGGGGAAUCAAACUAGCUAAUUAUGCUAGCCAGUUUUAGGGUUCUGUACAUACAAGCAAUGGGUCCUUUUUCAUGGCAGAGUUUUGUGUCUGUUGUGUUAUGUAUACUGUAAUCAAUCAAGAAAUAGUGAGAUGAUGAUGAUGAUGAUGGUCUAGAGUUUCUGUUUUUGUUGAGUAAUUAAUAAAAGAGGAAGAUAAGUCUUUUCUCUUGGUAGGUUUUUGAUCUUGGAAAAGAGGAUUGAGAGGGGUGGUGUCUUUGUACGUGACUCUUUCUCCUUACUGUAAUUCGAAGAGGAAGUGGUGAAGAAGUUGCUCUUUCAUUUAAGAAAAUUUAUUGUUGGUUUAAAA